UGGAAAGCCAUUGUCAGAAGUAACAAAGUUAAACCGAAAAUAUGCUUAUAAAGAAGAUAAAACAAGAGGAUUUGCGUUGAAAAAAGAUAAAGUGACGUAUUCCAAGGCGUUAGAAGGUUGUAUGGAAGAUAAUUCCUAUUUGGCAAUUGAUUCACCAAAUUUCUUGAAAUCAUACCUAAGAAAAGAAACUGAGGCAAAUAGAUUCUGGAGAGAAGGUUAUCGAGCAAAAAGUUUUUGGUAUAGUACAGGGAAUUGUUCCGUCCCAAUUAAAUCUGUUAACGAUUCUUGUACCUUAUCGAACGAUCUGCGAAUAAAAUGGAAUAGAAAUCUCGAAAUGAAUGCGGAACACACAAGCAAAUUGUUCGACUACGUUUGCGAAAGGGAACUUCCAAGUUCAGUGUUAGAUUGUGCUGAAACGUGUGAAUAUUGUACAAUAGAUGAAAGCUUUCAAAGCGUAUGCAUUUGUCCAAAGGGAAGAUUAGGGUCGCAGUGUCAAUGGCCAUGCAUGGGAAAUUUCUUUGGAGAAGAUUGCAAUACUCCAUGCGGCAAUUGUAAAUUUAACAAAUGCAAUAGUAAAAGUGGAAAAUGUUUAGAUAAUUGUCAAGAUGGUUGGAUGGGAGAAAAUUGUAACAGACAAUUAAUUACGAAUACUACUGAUAAUGUCCAACCUACAAUAAAUACAAAACUAUUAGCAUUCAACAGAAAAGGAAACUCAACAAAAACUAACGAAAAAGACGAUCUAUCGGACGGGACUAAACAAGAUAUCAUAAUAGGUAUCGUUGCGGGAACAGUAUGUAUCGCAAUAAUUAUAUUAAUAGGAAUUUACGUAUACGUUAAAAAAACAACAGUUCGCGGACAAGAAGUCUUUUAUUAAACUCAUUACCUUUCGACAAUUAGUAAAUAACUUACCAAUUUAUUAUUACCUGGAUUUAGACUUGUAAUUCAAAAUUAUUCAACUCGAUGAUAGAAUGUGAAUUGACAAGAUCUCAAAAGAAUACUUUUCU